AUGGACGAGCACCUCGCCCAAAUCGUCUCCCUCGCCCAAGCCAAAUUCAAGUCAACACCCCCCAACCGUCGGCUGUUAAUCGGCAUCUCCGGCCCUCCCGGCUCCGGCAAAACCACCCUCUCAACCCUCCUCACCACCUCCCUCAACUCCCUCCUCCCCCAAACAACAACCUUCCUCCCCCUAGACGGCUACCACCACCCCCGCUCCACCCUCGACACCUUCCCCGACCCAGCCCGCGCCCAUAAAUACCGCGGCUCAGAACCAACCUUCAACGGCCCCGCCUUCCUCUCCCUCGUCCAAUCCCUCGCCGAACCCAUCACCCCCUCCACAUCCCCCAUCUACGCCCCCAGCUUCGACCACGCCCUCAAAGACCCGGUCGAGAACGCCAUCGAAAUCCUACCGACGCACAGGAUAGUGGUUAUCGAGGGGAAUUAUAUCAUGCUCAACAAACCACCCUGGUCAUCCAUCCCGCCGUUACUGGACAUCAAGAUCUUCAUCUCCGCGCCCGAGCCGAUUUUGCGGCAAAGGCUGGCAAGGAGACAUUUGGCUGCUGGGUUAGUCGACAGUGUGGAAAAGGGGGAGGAGAGGGCCGAUUUUAACGAUGUACCCAACGGUAGGCAGAUCAUUGAGAAUCUGGUUCUCUAUCAGGGGGACGUAAUUCAGAUCGGGAGCGCGGAUGAUGUGACGUGGGGACCUGUCUCCUCGUCGUCAAUGUAG